ACCAGUUUAGGCGCCAUUUGUCUCGAAGCCGAGCAGACAUCUCCUGCUGCUUCAGCUCCGAAGGGGUGCACAUCGGAAUCGGAGCUUUGUUAAGAACUGACUGUUUUCUCGCCGGAGGCGGCGAAGAAGAUGCCAGGCCCCGCCUUAGAGAUGGAGCCAGUAGAACCACAGUCAUUGAAGAAGCUUAGCUUCAAAUCUCUCAAAAGAGCUCUAGACCUUUUCUCUCCGGUCCACGGUCAUGUCGCUCCUCCCGAUCCCGAGAGCAAAAAAAUUCGCAUCAGUCAUAAGAUAAGUGUUGAGUACGGAGGAUUAAAGAACACCGGAGCUAAUUCUACUGGCCAAGCAAGUUCCGCUCCCGACAGCGCCCUUGGAACGUCAGCGCCUUCCAAUGCCCUCGCACUUACUGGUCCGGGUAGUUCUGGAGAUGCAAAGUCUGUAGCACAAAAUGCACUGGUCGUUGGUCCAACUGUACAACCGAAUGCACAAAACGAUGGUGGCCUCCAGGGAAGAAGCUCAGCUAUUAUUUCUGCAUCUGGUUCAUCUGAAAGGAUGUCAACAUCUGCAAUUAUGGAAAGAAUUCCAAGCAAGUGGCCACGUCCAGUUUGGCAUGCUCCAUGGAGAAAUUACAGGGUCAUAAGUGGUCACUUAGGGUGGGUAAGGUCUGUUGCAUUUGAUCCCAGUAACACGUGGUUUUGUACUGGAUCAGCCGAUCGCACAAUCAAGAUUUGGGAUGUUGCGAGUGGGAAGCUAAAACUCACAUUGACAGGCCAUAUUGAGCAAGUUCGAGGUCUUGCUGUCAGCAACAGGCAUACCUAUAUGUUUUCAGCUGGUGAUGACAAACAAGUUAAAUGCUGGGACCUGGAACAGAAUAAGGUUAUUCGCCAUUACCAUGGUCAUCUGAGUGGUGUUUACUGUUUGGCUCUUCAUCCAACAAUCGAUGUUUUGCUCACUGGGGGACGUGAUUCUGUCUGCCGGGUGUGGGACAUCCGAAGUAAGAUGCAAAUUCAUGCCCUCUCUGGACAUGAUAACACCGUUUGCUCAGUUUUUACUCGACCUACGGAUCCACAAGUUGUGACUGGCUCCCAUGACACAACUAUUAAGUUUUGGGACCUCAGAUAUGGAAAGACAAUGACAACUCUGACAUACCAUAAGAAAUCUGUUCGGGCAAUGGCAUUGCAUCCUAAAGAGAACAGUUUUGCAUCUGCUUCAGCUGACAACAUCAAGAAAUUUAACCUUCCCAGAGGGGAGUUUAUGCACAAUAUGCUUUCUCAGCAGAAGACUAUAAUCAAUGCAAUGGCUGUCAACGAGGAGGGUGUUAUGGCGACUGGAGGUGACAAUGGUAGCUUAUGGUUCUGGGAUUGGAAGAGUGGUCAUAACUUUCAGCAAUCGCAAACAAUUGUACAGCCUGGCUCGCUGGACAGUGAAGCCGGUAUCUAUGCUCUCUCGUACGACAUAACUGGUUCGAGGCUUUUAACCUGUGAAGCAGACAAAACGAUCAAAAUGUGGAAGGAGGAUGAAAACGCUACCCCAGAAACUCAUCCCCUCAACUUUAAGCCACCCAAAGAUAUCCGACGAUUCUAGACCUCCAUUCCCGACACGGUCAGUGUUCUUUCGAGUUACUCAUAUGCAUCGAGAAGUUAUGUAGGCUUAGAACUGUCUGGCCCCCAAUCGAUACAUGCUUGUCCUCAUGACUAGAAAUGACCUCUUAGCUUAUCAUUUUUAUUUUUGUAUAUAUAAACAAUUAAGUUGGAUCUGAAUUAUCUGAAACUUAGGUAAUUUUCCUAAAGAACUUGUAAUUUACCUUAUUUCUACUUCCUACAAAGUUGGAAUAUUUAGAGUAUGUUUUCUGAUGGAUCUUCAA